AUGGAGUACAGACAGACGCUCGGAGAAGAUGGAGUACGCUCAGAGCAGGAGAUGGCUCACUCCGGUCUUCUGCCCGAUAGCCAUCGCACAGACCACGACCGAUCGGGCGGCGAGAUGAAGCAGGAGAACCAUUUCAGUCCGGUUCUCCUUCAGGAAGGAUCCUCGAUCGUCUGCGAUCCGCAGGCCGUUCUGAACAACCUCUCCUUCCUCGAGCAGAAGAUCCACCAGGUUCAGGACGCCGUCCGCUCCAUCAUGUCCCCGGAGGAGCAAUCCACCGCCGGCGGCCCGCACGAACUGGCGAUGAAGCAGCAGCUCAUGGCGGCCGAUCUGACCUCCAUCAUCAUCCAGCUUAUCUCCACCGCCGGAACCCUACUCCCCUCCCUCAGCGGGGGAUCCUCCAUGACCAGCUCCUCCGCCGGCUUUCUCUGCUCUCCCUCAGCCCUCCACGGCUUCUACACCGCCGCCGCCGCCAGCGGAGGAGAACCGACCACGGUGGAAGAUCAUCAAGAGGAGAAGGACGGCGAAGGCGACGGCGACGGCUAUGGCGACGGCGAGAGCCUCCUUGCCGGAACCUACGAGGUGCUGCAGCUGGAGAAGGAGGAGAUCUUAGCCCCCCACACCCACUUCUGCCUGAUAUGCGGCAAGGGUUUCAAGAGGGACGCCAAUCUGAGGAUGCACAUGAGAGGCCACGGAGACGAGUACAAGACACCGGCGGCGCUAGCCAAGCCGGCGGCGGGGGCGGCGGGGAGGAAGGAGCAGAGCUCCGAGCAGGCCCCCCUGAGGAGGUACUCGUGCCCCUUCCUGGGCUGCAAGAGGAACAAGGAGCACAAGAAGUUCCAGCCCCUGAAGACUCUCCUCUGCGUGAAGAACCACUACAAGAGGAGCCACUGCGCCAAGAGCUAUACCUGCAGCCGCUGCAACAGCAAGAAGUUCUCAGUCAUGGCGGACCUGAAGACCCACGAGAAGCACUGUGGGAGGGACAAGUGGGUCUGCUCCUGCGGGACGACCUUCUCCAGGAAGGACAAGCUCUUCGGCCACGUCUCUCUCUUCCAGGGCCACGCGCCGGCGCUGCCAUUCGGAGAAGUCAAGGGGGCGGCGGGGCCGUCGUACCCGGGGGAGGCCAGCGAUUCGGUCCCCAGCGGGGUUGACCUCGACGGCGGCGCCGCCAACGUCUUCAACGGCAAGGACCUUGAGAGCGACGCGGAUCUGGGUCUGUUCUCCCCCGUGAGCUUCGAUUCCUUCAACUUCGGCGCCGCCGGCGAGUUCCCCCAGCCGGUGUUUGACGCUCCUGACGGCUCCUUCUCCUCGAUGUUCGGCGAUUACGCCCGGAAGGGUGGCGAUAGUUUCACCUCCGAAUAG